UACUUUUAAAUGCGGACGGAUAUUGACAGAUGACGUAUGAAGACUGAAGUAUAUAAUGCGGUGUUUGUCCGUACCGCAGUUAGUUCUUCAGCAGAAACCUGGAAGAGUAGAUCCUGUGUAAGCGCAAUUAAAAAUAUUUGCGGCGUUUCCUCAUUAGUGCAAACAUGCAGAUCUUCGUCAAGACCCUCACUGGCAAGACCAUCACCCUGGAGGUCGAGCCCAGCGACACCAUUGAGAAUGUGAAGGCUAAAAUCCAGGACAAGGAAGGCAUUCCCCCUGACCAGCAGAGGCUGAUCUUUGCCGGCAAGCAGCUGGAAGAUGGCCGCACCCUCUCCGACUACAAUAUCCAGAAGGAAUCCACCCUCCAUCUUGUCCUGCGUCUGAGGGGCGGCAUGCAGAUCUUUGUGAAGACACUCACUGGCAAGACCAUCACCCUGGAGGUUGAGCCCAGCGACACCAUUGAGAAUGUCAAGGCUAAAAUCCAGGACAAGGAAGGCAUUCCCCCUGACCAGCAGAGGCUGAUCUUUGCUGGCAAGCAGCUGGAAGAUGGCCGCACCCUCUCCGACUACAAUAUCCAGAAGGAAUCCACCCUCCAUCUUGUCCUGCGUCUGAGGGGCGGGAUGCAGAUCUUCGUCAAGACCCUCACCGGCAAGACCAUCACCCUGGAGGUCGAGCCCAGCGACACCAUUGAGAAUGUCAAGGCUAAAAUCCAGGACAAGGAAGGCAUUCCCCCUGACCAGCAGAGGCUGAUCUUUGCUGGCAAGCAGCUGGAAGAUGGCCGCACCCUCUCUGACUACAAUAUCCAGAAGGAAUCCACCCUCCAUCUUGUCCUGCGUCUGAGGGGCGGUCAAUAAAUUAUUCCAUGCUUUUUCUCAAUUAAAAUGCCAACCUAACCCAAUAAAAGAUGAGAUGAAAUUA